GACCUAUCUAGCUAAAGGCGUCACGUCGAAGAGAAAUUCGAGCUUUCUCGAGGAGCGCUCCGGUUAGUCUUUUCGAAAUCUCACCAUGCUCCUGUUGAAUCGAUGAUUUGAGCCUAGGGCGGGCGUCUAUCCCGUGAAUCGAUCCUCAGCUCUUCUUUCUUGCAAGAUGGACAGCUUAGAAUGGCUGACAAUCGGAUCGCGGCUCUGGACAGGUUCGCUCGAUCGUCUCCAGUGGAAAACUGGUCCUCUCCUGGAAGAUUGACAAAGAAUGCGUGCUUGACGGAUUUUCUCUUGAACUUCAUUUGUUUUCUCCAGGGGGACUUUUUUCUAUGGCGGCUGUUGGCGACGCGAGCUGCGUCCCAGAUACCGAGUUCGACUGCCGGAACAAGCCCGAGGCGCUGAAGCUCAAGGCCGCGGCGAUGGUGGCGAUUCUAGUGGCCGGAGCUUUUGGCGUUGCGUUGCCUCUCGUUGGUCGACGGCUCAAGGUGAUAAGACCAGACGGGAACGUCUUUUUCCUCGCAAAGGCCCUGGCGGCAGGGGUGAUCCUGGCAACCGGUUUUGUUCACAUACUACCCGACGCAAUGGAGGCGCUGACAAACCAGUGUCUCGCGGAGGUUCCGUGGAGGAAGUUCCCGUUUGCGGGCUUCAUUGCGAUGAUAGCAGCUCUGGGAACUUUGGUGGUAGAUUUUGCGGGGACCGAGUACUUUGAGAAGAAGCACGCCAGUAAGAAGCAGGCAAUCUCGGAGGCGAUAGGCAGCGAGCACGACUCGAUCUACGCAGCUGCUUCCAGCGAUCCGGAACACGGAGGAGUGAAUGGAGGUGCCAGUGGAAGCAGUGAACGAGCGAACCAGAUGCACAUUGUUGGUAUGAGAGCUCACGCCUCGUCUCACAGGCACAGCCAUCCGGAGGGACACCACUCGUGCAUGGACUCGACUCACGCUCACUCUCACGGCCAUGUCGGCCACGCUCACGGAACUCCCGAAGACGAACACACGACUAUUAGGCAUGUUGUGAUCUCGCAGGUUUUGGAGCUUGGGAUCGUUACGCACUCUGUCAUCAUCGGGUUAUCUCUCGGAGUUUCGCAGAGUCCGUGCACAAUCAGACCGCUGCUCGCGGCUCUCUCAUUCCACCAGUUCUUCGAAGGCUUUGCUCUCGGUGGCUGCAUUUCUCAGGCCGGUUUCAAGUCGUGGUCGAGCUCUUGCAUGGCGUUCUUCUUCUCGGUCACGACCCCGCUCGGCAUUGGAAUGGGCAUGGGGAUAUCGGAGAUUUACAAGGCCAACAGUCCCAAGGCUCUCAUCAUGGAAGGCUUCUUUAACUCGGUCUCGGCGGGUAUUCUCGUGUACAUGUCGCUCGUAGAUUUGAUAGCAGCCGAUUUCAUUAGCAAGAGGAUGAGGUGUGACCGCCGCUUGCAGCUCAUGUCCUACUUGGCUUUGUUCACAGGAGCGCUAGCAAUGUCAUCUCUGGCUCUUUGGGCGUAGA